AUGAAGCAUCAAAACAAGAUACGAAGGCAGUCCACUGCCUGCAAAGAAUGUCAGCGUCGGCGGACAAAGUGCACUGGUGGAAAUCCGUGCUCGGAAUGCAGAAAACGCGACUGUGUCUGCGAUGUCGAUGAGAGCUCUGACAAACGACGCAAACUCUACUUAAGUAUGAUGGAAGAAGAACUUAGGUACCAUCAACAAUUCAUGGACGGGUUUCUUAAGGUAAUACGGACUUCUAAUAAUACUGAUGUCCACCACAUUAUCGAUGUUGUGCGGUCGGGAUCAUCGACCAGUGAGAUACAGACUGCGGUGAAUCGCGUUCUUACGGAUAAUUGUUCUUCCUACAAUGACGUCCCCGAAGGAGGUCCUGAAGCGGCCGGCCCAAGGAAGGCCUAA